CCCUUUUUAAGGUCUCCCAGAAUACGGACCUUCAAAUCUAAUCCAAUAUAACCACCACCACUACCACUGAUUCAAGAAAAAUUCUCUCCCUCCACUUCAUUUUCCACCACCACCGCUGGUGGUAUAUUGAUCAUCAUUGGUGGUCUCUUCUUCCUCUUCGAAUUGGAACUACUCUCAGUAGUAAUAGUUGAUCCAGAAAUUUACAUCAUCUUUGCUACUACAGACACAUGAUCAUCAUCUCUGUUGAAGAUCAUCGGUAGAGAAUUCAUAUCAACUAAAUAUAACAGAAAAUAAGCCAUCUAAGGAUUAACUAGAUAUGGAUGUCGAGUUGCCAUUGGAGAAGCUGUUUAAGGAACCCAUUGAUGAUGGAAAGGGUGUUGUUGUUUUAGUAGCAAAUGGAAGUUUCAAUCCUCCGACUUUCAUGCAUUUGCGAAUGUUUGAACUGGCAAGAGAUGCAUUAAAUUCAGAUGGAUUUUGUGUUAUUGGAGGUUACAUGUCACCUGUGAAUGAUGCGUACAAGAAGAAAGGUCUCAUCUCUGCUGAACAUCGCUUACAGUUGUGUGAGCUUGCUUGUAGAAGCUCGUCGUUUGUUAUGGUGGAUCCGUGGGAGGCGAAACAAAGUAGUUAUCAGCGGACUUUGACUGUAUUGGAUAGAGUACAGAGUUGCUUGUGUGAUAGUGGGUUGGUGAGGAGAGAGUCGCUUAAGGUUAUGCUUCUAUGUGGUUCUGAUUUAGUGGAAUCGUUUUGUGUACCGGGAGUAUGGAUCCCUGAGCAGAUUAGGGCCUUAUGUAGAGAUUAUGGAAUUGUUUGUAUUCGCAGGGAAGGUACUGACAUUGAGAAGAUUAUUUCAGGGGAUGAGAUUUUGAAUGCGUAUAAGAACAACAUUAGAGUUGUGGAUGAACUGAUACCGAACCAGAUUAGUUCUUCAAGAAUGAGGGAAUGUAUUUCAAGAGGAUUAUCAAUAAAGUAUCUGACGGUAGAUGAAGUGAUUGAUUAUAUCAGACAACACAAUUUGUACCUGAAUUUGGAUUCAACUGAAAAGAAGCACUUGCAAGAGGGGAAGGAUGAAAAGUUGAUGCUUAAAAAGAAAGAAACAUCAGAUUGAGAUCUUCUCAUGUGGGUAUUGAAUCCACCUUAUAUUUGGACCGAGGGAUCAUCCAUGGAAACAGGGAGCAAGAUUUGCGAACCCAUACUUCAGUUUUAUAAUUGCUUAAGACUCGGAGUAGCACAGUGAGUUAGUGGCCCGAUUCCCACUUGACUCGGAACCUGGUAACUCUGACAUCCCGAAAACUUGCUAGAGGGAUGCAUUUACAACUGAGGUAAGGACUCUUUGCAAAUUUCAGAAUACAUAAUUAGUUUGUGUGGGUACUGCUGUCUGCUGGCCCUCCAUGUGUGAUUAUUAGGUACCUUGAAGUUUCAUAUCAGAGUUGUUCUCCUCCCAUUUGGUCAUAGCUGUAAACAUAUACAAUAUGUCGUAAUCAAAUCUACUAUUUAUUCUACGUAUAUUACAUGUCGAUUUGAACUAAGAUUUUCCAGUAUCGUGUAUUAUUUCAUUGACUUUGAGAUAAUGUUAUACGUUUUGCAAGGAAAUGAAGAAAUUAUUAUUGCUCCC